GGUCCUCCUUCACCGUUUGGGCAAGUGGCUGAAUUAGAGUGAGGGGAGCGAGUCACGUGGCGGGGUGGCAAGAUGGCGGCCGGCGGGCGGUGCGUGAGGAGCAGCAGAGAACUGUGGACCAUUGUGAAGGGCAAAUCAGCUUUGAGAGAACCAGCUCAGCUUGCAGAGGAGUUGAAUAAACACUGCCAGAGGCUGCUUGAAGGGCUUUCCUACUACAAGCCACCCAGCGCAAGUUCAGCAGAAGCAGUAAAAGCUGAUAAAAAUGUGCCUGCUCCACUGAAGGAGCUGGGUCUGAGAGUCAGCAAAUUUUUGGGUCUGGAUGAAGAGCAGAGUGUGCAGCUGUUGCAGUGCUACCUUCAGGAGGACUACAGAGGGACCAGAGACUCAUUGAAGGCAGUUCUGCAAGAUGAAAGACAGAGUCAGGCUUUGAUGCUGAAGCUUGCCGACUACUACUAUGAAGAAAGGAUAUGUAUUCUUCGCUGCAUCCUCCACCUUCUCACUUAUUUCCAGGAUGAGAGGCACCCUUACAUGCUCCAGUUUUCACAGUGCGUGGAAAAAAUGGAUAAGGAACUGGUUCUUAACUACCGGAAACAGUUUGAAGAGCUGUACAAAGCAGAAGCACCUACUUGGGAGACGCAUGGAAGUCUGAUGACAGAGCGGCAAGUCUCACGCUGGUUUGUACAGUGCCUCCGGGAGCAGUCCAUGCUGCUUGAAAUCAUCUUCAUUUACUAUGCCUAUUUUGAGAUGGCACCUGAGGAGCUGCUGGCUUUUGCUAAGAUGUUUAAAGAGCAAGGCUUUGGUUCUAGGCAGACCAAUCGACAUCUGGUUGAUGAGAGCAUGGACUACCUAGUUGAACGCAUUGGGCACUUCAGUGCACUAAUUUUAGUGGAAGGCAUGGAAAUCGAUUCUCUGCACGAGCGUUUAUUGUACGACAGGAAAGAGGAGCAUAAAUUUGGCAGUGGCCAAAUUUGUCAGGAAAUGGACCGCCUGUUGCUGACUCUAGGAGAUGUCUCCCAUCAUGCUCCUGUCCUCUUGGCCUGGGCGUUGCUUCGCCACACUUUGAGCUCGGAAGAGGCGACUGGCGCAAUUCGGCGAAUGGGGAGCACUGCCAUCCAGCUGAACGUUUUCCAGUAUCUGACCAAGAUGCUCCGGUCUGUAAGGAGCGAGGGGCAUUGCAUCUCCAGCACAGCAUGCAUGUGCACCUAUGGCCUGCUGUCCUUUGUCCUUACUUCACUGGAGCUGCACACCCUGGGCAAUCAGCAGGACAUCAUAGAUACAGCAUGUGAAGUGCUGACCGCUUCAAGCAUUCCUCCACUGUUCUGGAAGACGGAACCAACAGCAGGCCUGGGCAUUAUCUUGGACAGCGUCUGUGGAAUGUUUCCCCACCACCUCUCUCCUCUUCUGCAGUUACUUACGGCUCUUGUUUCAGACAAAUCCACAGCAAAGAAGGUGUACACCUUCUUGGAUAAGAUGUCCUUCUACAUUGAGCUGUACAAGCACAAGCCUGCAGACGUGAUUUCUCAUGAAGAUGGUACCCUGUGGCGGAGGCUGGCACCAAAGCUGCUCUAUCCUCUUGGGUUGGGCCAAACAAACCUGAGAAUACCUCAAGGGACGGUAGGGCAGGUGAUGAUUGAUGACCGGGCUUACCUGGUACGAUGGGAGUAUUCAUACAGCAGCUGGACACUUUUCACUUGUGAGAUCGAGAUGCUGCUGCAUGUGGUGUCAACUGCUGAUGUCAUUCAGCAUUGCCGAAGGGUUAAACCAAUAAUUGACCUGGUCCACAAGGUCAUCAGUACUGAUGUGUCGAUAGCAGAUUGCCUCCUGCCCAUUACGUCGCGGAUCUACAUGCUCUUACAACGGUUAACGACGGUGAUUGCUCCCCCAGUUGAUGUUAUUGCUUCCUGUGUUAACUGCCUGACUGUUCUGGCCUCCCGAAUGCCUGCCAAGGUUUGGACUGACCUUCAUCAUACAGGCUUUUUACCAUUUGUAGCUAAUCCACUUUCUAGCAUGAGUCACGUGAUCAGUGCAGAGGGAAUGAAUGCCGGAGGGUACGGGAACCUGCUGAUCAGUAUUGAGCAGCCGCAAGGCGAAUAUGGCGUUACAAUCUCCUUCCUAAACCUGGUCAUGACGCUUGUUCGGGGGCAGCUUGGCAGCACCCAAAGUCAAGGUUUGGUGCCCUGUGUUGUAUUUGUCCUGAAGGAGAUGCUGCCAAAUUAUCACAAAUGGCGGUAUAAAUCCCAUGGAGUGAGAGAACAAAUAGGGUACCUUAUUUUGCAGCUGAUUCAUGCAAUCUUGAAUCUGUGCCCUGAGAUGGAUCCUCCGAGCAGCAGCACCCCCAGCCUGCAGUCCCUCUGCAUCUUCAGCCUGGCUAACACCGAAGCUGGCCAGGCAGUGAUCAACAUCAUGGGCAUUGGGGUGGACACCAUCGACGUGGUGGUGGCCAUGCAGUCCACGAGCGAAGAGCCCCAGACCCCACGUGAGAGCCAGGGCCAGCUGCUCAUUCACACCGUGAAACUGGCGUUCUCGGUCAUCAACAACGUCAUCCGGUUAAAGCCACCGUCCAGCGUUGUGUCUCCUUUAGAGCACGCCCUUACCCAGCACGGUGCGCACAGGAACAACCUGGUUGCCGUCCUGGCCAAGUACAUCUACCACAAGCACGACGCAGCCUUGCCCCGUCUCGCUAUCCAGCUCCUGAAGCGCCUGGCUACAGUUGCUCCCAUGUCUGUCUAUGCCUGCCUUGGAAACGAUGCUGCUGCCAUCCGAGAUGCCUUUCUGACACGCUUGCAGAGCAAAAUUGAGGACAUGCGUGUUAAAGUCAUGAUCCUGGAGUUCCUCACCGUUGCAGUAGAAACACAGCCUGGGCUCAUUGAGCUGUUCCUCAACUUGGAAGUGAAAGAUGGGAGUGAGGGGUCAAAGGAAUUCAGUUUAGGUGAGUGGAGCUGCCUUCAUGUAAUCUUAGAGCUUAUAGAUGUCAAGCAGCCAGAGCGGUACUGGUGCCCCCCACUGCUGCAACGCGCUGCCGUCGCCUUCCUGCAUGCCCUGUGGCAAGAUCGCCGAGACAGCGCCAUGUUAGUCCUCCGGACCAAGCCAAAGUUUUGGGGAAACUUGACCAACCCACUGUUUGGAACCCUCCCUGCUCCCUGUGAAACAUCAGAGCUCAGUGUCUUGGAUACGUGUGCCUUGAUCAUGAAGAUCAUUUGUCUGGAGAUCUAUUACGUGGUCAAGGGCUCUCUGGACCAGUCCCUCACAGACAUGCUGAAGAAGUUUUCCACAGAGAAGCGCUUUGCUUAUUGGUCUGGCUACGUGAAGUCCUUGGCAUUCCAUGUGGCAGAGACAGAGGGCAACAGCUGCACUUCCAUGGCGGAGUACAGGAUGCUAAUUUCUGCCUGGCGGAUGAUGCUCAUUGUUUCUUCCAGCCACGCUGACAUCAUGCACUUGACUGACUCGGAGGUCCGGCCAUUGUUCCUGGAUGUCCUCGGUGGGACCAAGGCUUUGAUGCUGGUUCCCACUUCGGUGCGCUGCCUGCAGUUAGGAUCCAUGCUCUGCACUCUCCUGCUAAUCCUGCUGAGACAGUGGAAGAGUGAGCUGGGCUCUGUCGAUGCAAUCGUAAGUUCCUUGACGCAGAUCCUGGAGGGGGUGCUGCAGGCUGACCCCCAGCUGAUGGAGAAGACCAAGGCCAAGGUGUUCUCUGCACUGAUCACCGUCCUGCAGAUGAAACACGUGGAAGUGAGUGAGAUCCCACAGUACUCCCAGCUGGUUUUGAGCGUGUCUGAGACGCUGCAAGAGGAAUUCAUCGCCCUCUUUGACCAGACGCGGCACUGCCUGACCUCUGGCGACCCUGUGGAAGACAAAGACAGCAUGGAGACGGACGAUCCCCUCCGGCAUAAGCAGAAGGACCAGCGGGAUGGGGUGUGUGUGCUGGGACUGCACUUGGCUAAGGAGCUCUGUGAGGCCGACGAAGAGGGAGAUUACUGGCUGCAAGUCACCCGCAAGGUCCCCAUCCUGCCGACUCUCUUCACCACUUUGGAGAUCAGCUUACGAGUCAAGCAGAACCUGCAUUUCACAGAAGCCUCGUUGCACCUCCUGCUGACCUUGGCCAGGACCCAGCAGGGGGCAGCAGCCAUUGCUGGAGCCGGCAUUAUGCAGAGCAUCUGUUUGCCCCUCUUGAGCGUGUACCAGCUGAGCAGUAAUGGAACUGGCCAGGUGCCCGCAUCCUCUCGGAAAUCUCUGGAUGCCCCCUCGUGGCCUGGAGUCUACCGGCUUUCCGUAUCACUGAUGGAGCGCCUUCUGAAGACCCUCCGUUACAACUUCUUAACUGAUGCUUUGGACUUUGUGGGAGUCCAUCAAGAAAGAAUCCUCCAGUGCUUGAAUGCCGUUCGCACGGUCCAGAGCUUGGCUUGCCUUGAAGAAGCGGAUCACACUGCCGGCUUCAUUCUGCAGCUUUCCAACUUCAUGAAGGAGUGGCACUUCCACCUGCCCCAGCUGCUGAGGGAUGUGCAGGUGAACUUGUGUUACCUGUGCCAGGCCUGCACCUCAUUGCUGCACAGCCGCAAAAUGCUCCAGCACUACUUACAGACCAAGAACGGCGAGUCUCUGCCAUCAGGGGUCAUGCCUCGCGUCCAGAGACCCCCGCAGGCCUCGACCAAGCCGCCAAGCCCCGAGACGGAGGCGGCAGAGCAAAAGGCCCUGCGCAUGGUGCAGUACAGCCUCUUGAAAAUCCUCAGCAAAUCUCUAGCGGCCUUGCGCCACUUCACCCCUGAUGUCUGCCAGAUCCUCCUGGACCAGUCACUGGACCUUGCUGAGUACAACAUCCUUUUCAUGCUGAGCUUCACAACUCCUGCCUUUGAUUCUGACGUGGCCCCGUCCUUUGGGACCCUCCUUGCUACUGUCAAUGUGGCUCUCAACAUGCUCGGGGAGCUGGAUAAGAAGAAGGAACCUUUCACUCUGGCGGUGGGACUGGCCACGCAGCAGGAGGGAAGCAAGACACUCAGGUCUCUCCUUAUGUUUACGAUGGAAAACUGCUUCUACCUGCUCAUCUCCCAGGCUCUCCGAUACUUGAAGGACCCUGCGGUGCACCCACGGGACAAGCAGCGGAUGAAACAGGAGCUCAGCUCUGAGCUGAGCACUCUCCUCUCCAGCCUGUCCCGGUAUUUCCGCCGUGGCGGCCCCUCUUCCCCUGCUGGUGGCGUUCUCCCCUCUCCACAAGGAAAAUCGUCCUCCUCCAAGCUUGGGCCUGAGGGGCAGGAGCCGCUCUUCCAGCUGGUACAGGCCUUCGUCCGACACGUGCAGAGAUAAAUGCCGCUCGUCCACUUCCAGAGUUCAUUUCCACCCGCUUCUGGCCACCCGCUGUGCCUCUGGCACAAAGAGGAAGAGACUCCGGCCCCCGUACUGAGGAGAGAAGCCUCUCAGGAUGUGGAACGGCUCGGAGACAAGGCCUUGUUGUGUGUGCUGCGAGUGAAUUGGGCUUUGCCUGAGCGAGCCGCUCCCUUCCCUUUUUGCCCAUGGACAGCCUGGGAGGGGAAGAGGCUGGUGGCCCCUCCCCAGAUCCCGAUCCUUCCUGGAUCGGGCAGCCACCUCUUGGUAGAGAGGUGCCACCUCUGUGGUGAAGCCCGAGGACACCGCGGCCGCCUCUCGGCUGCUUCCCCUUAGGGGUACCUGCGGGACCACUCGCCGCUGCUCAUGCCUGCAGAGCGCAAGGGAGGCGAUUUCACAGCUGGCUUCUUCUCUGAGGUCCGAGUUCCACUGCCUGCCCCUCACCUUUUGUACUCCUUGUUCCCUAUUUAUACUGAUUAAAAUGUUUCUAAACAAUA